AUGCAUAAAAUUCAUCGACCUUCAAUGGAGCGGUUCCCAGAGAGCUGGUUAUGGGAACCCCUAGAUGGUCCGUUUGCCUAUGAGCAAGUACCUUAUAUCUCUAUUGGAGAUGAUUAUUCACAGACUGACAUUGACGGGAACCCCACUCGAAAGGUUUAUCAAUGUCUCCUGUGUGAAACCGGGGAAAUGAACAGCGAUGUUGUCUGCAAGGAACAUAUCCAUAGCUCUAGACAUCAAAAGCGAUACAAGCUAUUGACUGCCCACCAGAAAUCAUUCCAUCAAGAACUGAAACUUCCCCCAAAUUUUAUAUCGAAUCUCGAACUUCCAGAAGAAGAUACAGCGGAGAACCACGCAGCCCAAUAUUCAGAACCCCCAUUCGACAAUUCCUUAUCUUAUGUUCUUCCCUUUCGAAGGUGGCAGUAUGGCCGAUACAGGUUUGGAUCUUCAUGUCAACUUUGUGGAACUGCUGCCUUGCCCACUCGGUUGUCUGUGGUCGAACACUUUUUCAGCAAGCGACAUCAAACCAUCCGAUCCAAAACCUUUCGACACGAUCAUGUCGAAUUUGCUCGCUUGGAGCCCCGAAUUUCAUCAUUGAACGAAUUGUAUCAGUGGCAUGUGGAGCGAGCUAUGAUUGUAUACGUGGCUCAGAAAGAGGCAAGUCAUGCAGGUUGCUCAUCUCAUCCGUAUGCCUGGUAUCAACUACUCUGGACCCUGGAAACCUACGAGUUGAGGGAACGCAUGACGCAUCUGGAACUGGCAAUUUGGAAAAAGUCAUUGCUACAAUAUGAAAACGACCAUAGCUUUGCAGAUCUAGAAGAGCUGAUCGUCUUCUUCUUACGACCACAAGAGCAGACAGCCGCUCCUCCCAUUGCUGAAUACUGGAAGGUUAAGCGGGUCACCAGUGGUGCCAUGCAGAUUAUUCUUUGUGUGCUUCCCUAUCUGAGAAAGUAUCCAAAAUUAUGA